AUGGCCGACCUGGCUAGCGACAGAGUGCCGACGGUUAUCUUGCUCGCCAUCAUCGCACUAUCAGCACGUUUCUCGCCUCACGGAUACUUCAAUGGCUCGAGUCCUCGCACCCGAGGUGCGCAGUAUACAAGAAGAGCCGCCCAAUUGCUUGAUCCGAGCGAUGUCAGUCUGACUUGCAUACAAGCAUGCGUCUUGCUUGGGGCGUGUCGCAUCGUUGAAGGAGAUUCUGCUGGUGAGGCUGUCUACUAUGGCAUGGCCUGUCGCAUGGCUCAAUUGCUUGAUCUGGCUCACUGUCCCGCCACCAGCCGCCUGGACAGGGAGCUCAAUGUUCGUGGUACGUUGGCUUUCUUCCUGUACAAUCAUGUCGGCUUGUCUCCGCUCUGGCAUACACUUGUCAUGAUUGAUGAAUGGUCGUCCUCGGGCGUGGGUGUACCACGACAGAUUGCGAAUCCACCAGAACACGUGCCUUUGCCAAUGGAAGAGAUGGGCUUUCUGGGACUGCGGCGACAAGACCAACUCUACACUUUGACCCAACUCCACCACCAAUUCCAACCGUCGUCCUUGCUCGGUCAGAUGAUCGUCCUCAAUGGUAUCUUCCGCCGAGUCAACAAGAUGAACAGUCAGGUUGCACAAAGUCAUAGCUCAGCACCAGACAUCACUGCCAUAAGCGACCUGGCCAAUCAGCUUGAUACAUGGGAGGCAUCGUUACCUGACUACAUGCGAGACAACAAAGCGAAUCUCGCACAUUACGCUGCCCAAGGUCUUGGUCGCAUCUUUGUUGCUGUCUAUCUCGGCUAUUACCACUACGGUCAACUGCUCAUGUACCAGUUUCUUCACCACGAUGCUAGCGACGAUCCCACCAUCACCUCGUUUUCUCGACGCUGCAAAGAUCAUGCUCAAAAGCUCUGCGAUAUGGUCUAUGCUGCUUUGGACACACCGGGUUGUGACGUUCUCUACAAUAUGGUGGGCCAUGUUCCUGUCAUCGCUUCCACUGUACAGAUUCACACUCUGCUAUUCUCUUCCGAGAGUUCGGAGAUCGAUGCUGCUCGUAGCCGCCUUGAACGGAACUACACCAUACUACUUCGACUCCGCGAUCUCUGGCCCUCGCUCGACUUCUGCAUUAUGCGACUGCAAGUUUUCCACAAAGCUUGUGUGACUUCAAUGGAGACAUCGUUCAGACUUGAUGAAUGGAUGCUGAAGUUCUUGUCCGAGUUUGCAAAACCUGUCAAGGACAAACAAAGCGCAGGCGAUGCUGAGACAAACGGAUGGGCGAUAGGUGACAUUGCCAUUACUCCUACAUCAGAUUUCGGCUUGGAUUCCAUCACAGCGAUUCUCUUUACAGCGCCAACACUAUAG